AUGGCUUCCCUCUCUUCUCUCUUCCUUGCGUCGGCUUUCCUCCUUGCUGGCUCAGCCUUCUUCUACCGCUACGACGCCGGAAGCGGCAACAAGACUAGCGGCACAACUACCACGCACCUCCACUUUUACAUGCACGACGACUACACAGGCCCACGCCCCACCGCGAUGCGCGUCGUGUCCGGCCGGGCCGUAUCCACCGGCGACAACGCCACGGCGCUGAAGACCGCGCCGCGGCACUUCGGCGACAUCGUGGUGCUCAACAACGCGCUGACGGUGGGGCCCAGCGGCGGCAGCGCGCGGGUGGGCACGGCGCAGGGCUGGGCCGUCCGCGUGUCGGAGGGCGGCAUCGUGUCGGACCUGACGCUGCACCUGGUCCUCGAGGCCUGCGAGCACCACGGCAGCUCGCUGACGGCGAGGGGCCGCAUCGACAUGGACGCGACGGUGCGGGAGUCGGUCCUCAUCGGCGGAACCGGCCGGUUCCGGUACGCGCGGGGCUACAUGCUCACCAAGAACUACGACUACAGCCUCGCCACCGGGGGCGUCGUUGAGAUCGACGUCUACGUGCAGCACGACUAG